CUCUCUCUCUCUCAUACACACAGUUAUGCUAGCAUGAACUAUUGAUAUAAAUGGAAAUUAGAACUCUACCGUCUCAAAUGAUCAUGCAGGUUUCUCAAGUGUUUACUCAUCGACAGGAUUUGAAGGCCAUUAAUCAGUGCAGGCGUGGGUGAAGAUUGAAGCUAAUUUUUGUAGCUGAUGAUGAUUGAAUUACGGCUUGGAGCAAUCGUGCUAUUUUGUGGACUGUUCUCCAGUACAAUAGGUGCAUUCAUUGGGAUAAAUAUUGGUACUGAUAUUUCAAAUCUACCAUCAGCUACUGAUAUUAUUAGAAUUCUUAAAACUCAUCAAAUAAGUCAUGUGCGCCUCUUUGAUUCUGAUGCCCACAUGCUAAGUGCUCUCUCGAACACUGGCAUUGAAGUCAUGGUUGGUGUUACAAAUGAAGAAGUCUUAGGCAUUGGAGAAUCCCCAUCAGCAGCAGCAACCUGGAUUAAUAAAAAUGUUGCAGCUUAUAUGCCUGGGACCAAUAUUACAGCAAUUGCUGUGGGCAGUGAAGUUCUCUCUUCAAUCCCAAAUGCAGCACCAGUUUUGGUUCCUGCUAUGAAUAACCUGUAUAAAGCCUUAGUUGCUACAAAUCUAAAUUAUCUAGUUAAAGUUUCAACCCCGCAGUCGAUGGGCUUAAUUCCUCGUCCCUUUCCUCCUUCUACUGCCACCUUUAACACCACAUGGAACUCCACAAUAUUCCAGAUCCUUCGGUUCUUAAGAAACACAAAUUCCUUUUAUAUGUUAAAUGCUUAUCCUUAUUAUGAAUAUGUUAAGAGCAAUGGUAUUUUUCCUAUUGAAUAUGCUCUUUUCCAACCACUCUCUUCAGUCAAACAAAUUGUUGACCCGAACACCCUCUUUCGCUACAACAGUAUGUUUGAUGCUUUGGUGGAUGCAACUUAUAACUCGAUAGCUGCUCUUAAAUUUUCAAAGAUCCCAGUUGUGGUAACUGAAACGGGGUGGCCUUGGUUUGGUGGUGCCAAUGAACCUUAUGCCACUGUAGAAAAUGCCGAAACAUUUAAUAAUAACUUGAUUCGGCGUGUUUCAAAUGAUUCAGGUCCACCUAGUCAACCUGACAUGCCAAUAAAUACGUACAUCUAUGAGUUGUUCAAUGAAGAUAGAAGGCCGGGUCCUGUCUCUGAGAGGAAUUGGGGUGUCCUUUUUAGUAACGGCACUGCUGUCUAUUCUAUUAGUUUGAGUAAUUCAGAUGGUCGUGGUGCAAAUUCAUCAACAGUUUUUUGUAUCGCAAAACCAGGUGCAGAUGAGAGAUCGCUGAGAAGUGGUCUUAAUUGGGCUUGCGGGCCUGGCCAAGCUAAUUGCAGAGCUAUUCAACAAGGGCAGCCUUGCUAUUUACCUGAUACUUGGCAAAAUCAUGCUUCUUAUGCAUACAAUGAUUACUAUCAAAAAAUGCACAGUUCUGGAGGAACUUGUGACUUUGAUGGCACAGCUAUGACAACUGCUAUUGAUCCUAGUCAUGGAUCCUGUAGAUUUACAGGAAGCUUGAAUUCAAGUACCCGUGGGCUAUUUUCACCACCUGCAUUUGGACCGGUUGGUCCGUCAUCGAGAAGCUCUAGGAAUUAUAUAUAUCUCCACCAAAUCGUAUCAUUGUCUGCACUAAUUCUUGCGUUGAUUUUAGUUUGAUGCUAGCUAAGAUUUUGUAGAAUGCAUGUUGAUGAACUGAGAUUGCACCUUCAGAUGAUAUUCAUUACUAUUGGAUAAAUCCAACCUCCUUUAACUUUUGUC